CGGGCUCUCUGCUUCAUUCGCAUUGCGAACAACAAGGCCUGUUGCGAACAGUACGUGAGUCAACGAAACGGCGUGAAUCAACUUCUACGUUUGACUGCAGUCGCCCCGGUACUCUCCUUCCCUCACAUGAAUGUACUUUUUUUCUACUAGUGGCCGCCUAGUAUCCUUGUACUAUUACCCCCUCCCGCCAAGAUGUCCACAUCACUUGACACGAUGGAAUCUAAGCUAUCUAAGCUAGAGGAUCCCCUAGACAAGUCCACGACACUCCGCGGUCAUAUCAGCAAGAUUACUCCCCACGGCACCAGUCACUGGACGAGUUGUUUCCGCGCUGACACCAUUUCUACACCGCAUCGACACAGUACCUUUACGCGCGCCCCAAGAGGGUUAAUAGGGCUACAAUACCUACCCAGCAAUGGCAGUCGGAAUGACAAUGCUACGGCUCAGCAUGAGAGUAGUAGAAAUCCAGAUGAGAAGAAUGAGAAAAGACUUGAAGAUUGCCAAGACUCAGAAAGACGGGGACAAAGUUACUUCAUCAAAAUAGCGCAGGGCAAGAACGGGAUGAGUAUGACGGAGGGAGAGUACAUAUCCGCCACUGAUAUGCAAAACGUAUCACCGCGGUUCUGUACUAGAUAUGUUGGCCGCGUGUCUUUUCGAGAAGAAGACGAAGAAGAAGCUUUCGACGACGAAUGCAAAUAUGGGGAUAGAGUUACAAGAGAAGAGAAGGUGCACUAUUGCAACGCCUCAGAGUUUGUAGCUAUGCGCUCACCGACCACCUCCGACAUUCAAAUUGUCAUCCACCAACUCGCCCUCUUCCACGCCAAAAGCGCGGAAAAAUGCUCAGUCCUUAAGUACUGCGGACGGCCUAAAGGAAUGUUCUUCGGUUACCACACCACGACACACAACGGCAAACUAGCACAGGACAAUAAGUGGACGACUAUAUGGGAAGAAUGCUUCACGCGCAACAUGAGGAGGAUGCUGGAAUAUGAUAAGAAGGAAGGCGGGGAGCGCUCGGUAGAAGCGGAAUACUUUUUUGAGACUUUUUUUCGACAAAGACACGCCAAGACUAUUGCUUCCUAUGGAGAUGUAUGGGCGGAAGGUCAAGCCAUCACUUAUCCAUGGAGAUUUGUGGGCUGGGAAUAUAGGGGUUGGAGAGGGGGGAGAGGUGGUGGUGGUGUUUGA